AUGACUAUUCAAUCUGACCUUGAUUUGCUCCUUAUCGGUAAAACCGGAAACGGAAAGAGCGCCACCGGAAACUCCAUCUUGGGCUUCAAGGCUUUCAAAUCUAGUGCAAGCACCUCGUCCACGACCAACUCUGUUGACUUUGAGGUCUGCGAUUUCUUCGGUCGCAUCAUCAAGGUCGUGGAUGGGCCAGGCGUCGGGGACACGAGAGUGGAUGUAGGGGGCGCCAUGACCAGCGUCAUGAACGCCAUGGAGCUGGCCAUCAUCAUGAACCCGAGAGGCUACCACGCUUUCCUGCUGGUGGUCAAGUUCGGCCAGAGGUUCACGGGCGAGGAGCAGGAGGCCAUCGCUCUUCUGAAGAAGAUCUUCGGCGAGACGUUCGUAACGGACUUCUGCAUCGUCGUGAUGACGUGCGGGGACAUGUUCGACAAGGAAGCCGAAGAGUCCGACCAGACGUUUCGGGAAUGGUGCGACGCUCAGACGGGGGGAUUCCGUGACUUGCUGGACGAAUGUGAACACAGGAUCGUCCUGUUCGACAACACAACCAUAGACGAGAGCAAGAAACUCCAGCAGGCACGCGAGCUGCUGGACGUGGUGGAUCACCUUCGGGCCAGGGGUCAAAGGUACACGGACGUGAACUUUGAGAACGCCAGAGAAACGAGGGAGAGGGUUAUCUUAGAGGCGAAAGAGCCGAUGAUCAGAGAGGAGACCCUGUGGGAGACAAGCCUCAUCCUCCAGAAGCUCACAAGUAUC